CAAGGGAGAGGAGAGGGGGAAUGGUACAAUGGGAAGGAGACCAGGGAGGGGAGGACGGGUUUUUGUUUGAGUCCCAUCCAGUUGUGCGCACACUCUGACUGCGAGGGGACGAGGAGGGCCAGCCUCUUUCAUCAGGUACGUUCACCAAACGAAGUCAGGAUUUGCACUGCCCCUCGGGCUGUGUUUACAGCAAAGAAGGACUCUUAGCAUAUCACGGAGCCGUGAGCCUGAGACCAUGCAUCAGGCGACUGUCUUCCUCCUGUCGGCCCUGCUGCCGCUCUCCCUCUCCUCUGAGCGAGACCCCUUCGCGUGGCUCUACGGCUGGAGCCAGCGGUACCAUUACAACUCGCUGCAGGCGGACGCCAAAGCGGGGGCGUGUCCCGACGCCUGUGACUGCCCCCCGUCCUUCCCCGUCGCCAUGUACUGCGACGGCCGCGGCCUGACGGCCGUGCCGGCCGUUCCCGCCCACGUGAAGUACCUGUACCUGCAGAACAACGCCAUCACGGCCGUGCCCGACUCGGCUCUGGUCAAUGCCACCAACCUGAUCUGGCUCAUGAUGCACCACAACCAGCUGCGCUCCGAAAACAUCGGCGAGAAGGCAUUUUCCAAGUUGGAGCAACUGGAGCGUUUAUAUCUACAGCACAACAACAUGACUAGUCUUCCUCCCAACCUCCCUCGCACCCUGCGGGACCUGAGAGCCGACCACAACGGGAUUGAGAAAGUAACGCCUGCAGAACUAGAAGGAAUGGAUAACCUCACUAUCUUAUAUCUCCAUGACAACGCUGUUACUGACAUGAGCACAUCGCUGAAAGGCCUCAAAUCCCUGACGCUGCUGGACAUCAGCAACAACAAGCUAAAAAAGAUCCCAGAGGCUCUGCCUGAGCAUCUGCACCAGCUCUACCUGGAGUCCAACUCGAUUGAAUCGCUACCAGUGGACUUCCUGAGCCACUUCACUCAGCUGCAGUACAUCAGGAUGGCUCACAACCAGCUCACAGACAAGGGCAUCCCUCCCAACACCUUCAACGUGACUGGGCUGGUGGAGCUGGACCUCAGCUUCAACAAGCUGGAGCGCAUCCCGCCGGUCAGCACCACGCUGCGACACCUGUACCUGCAGGCCAACCAGAUCAAAGAGUUCACCCUGGGCAGCUUCUGCAGCGUCGUGGACGUGACCAACUUCUCUAGGCUGCAGACGCUGCGUCUGGACGGGAACGAGAUCGGCCGCCAGGACAUCCCGUCCGAGUCGUUGCUCUGCCUGCGCCAGGCCUCCAGCAUCGAGGUCUAGCAAACACAGAGCGACUAACGAUUUAGACCAACCACAGUGACACCAAACCGAGGCAGAUUUAAUGUGAACAGCCGAUACUUAAUGUACUGUAAUAAACAUAAACACAGUGGCCACCUGUCUCUGCAAAACUAACCUAGCUACGCUAGCGGCGCCUUUACUCUGUAAAAGCUUGUGGGCCACAUCUCAGUUCUCUACUUUUUUUAUGUGAACUGAAAAUAAUCCGACCCUGAUUCUCUUUGUAUGUCGCGCUGAGGAUCAAUGAUCAUUGCAAAAGCAAUCAUGUAAUUUCAUAGUAUUAUUAAUAUCAAAUUUUCCAGAAAAUAUGUUAUUGCAAUUUAGCGCUUUGUUUGUUUUGUUGUUUGUUUUCUUUUUACAAAAUGCUGUGACCGUUUGUUUCUGUGGUUUUCCCUCCUUUUGCACAGUGAAGCCAAGUUUCCUUAAAUAGCAAAUACGGUCUCUUCAUGAAAAGCGUCUCCAUAUUAUAGUGAAUGCAUUAAAUGACGACAUUGGGUGUUUGACUCUUGAGUUACUGUACAUGUUGCAUGAAAUAAUUAUGAUAUAGUUUAUGCUGUACGCACGAGCCCAUAGGCAGAACUAAUAAAAGUUUAGACGGUG